UCCUCAGGACACCAUCUGGCGAUCAAUACCUUGUUAAACUAUUUAGUCAUUCUCUUAAACAUCCUUGUUUAUUGCAUACAAGAAUGCCGCUUGGUUUAAAAACACUUCAUAAAGGAUAUUUUACCUAAGCUGCAGCAUUUUCACGCGAAGCGAUUAAAUUGAUGAAGAUAUAUUUUUUGCUGUUAUGUUAUAUCAUUCUUUUUUAUUUUGGUUAACAAGACAAAAAUUAGAUAUUUCACAUGCAAGCAAACAGGUGGUUCGAAUUCAAAGAUAGUUUUGUGGUGUUAGAUGUAUUCCAACAUCUUAUUAUCUAUAUUUUAGGGUGGAAAUGAUAUGUUUCAGAGGCAACAACAUAUUUGUCAAACUAGUCUGCUAGUGCAACUUGUUCAGUAUCACGUAAUGUGCUUUAGCCUGGAAUAAAGGUGUUCAUGCCAUAUAUAUACAGGGGCUUUGGAUUUUCUUUGACAAUAUCAUGAUUCAUUUAACACAGCUGGGAUGUUUUAUAUUGCUUUUUGUAACCAAACUUGGCUAUGCAUCACCUUUUACUUAUUUUUGGAUUACGUUUCUUAAUUCUCAGUAAAGUGCUUUGGGCUCGACCAGUAAUGUUGAACCUGAAUAGCGGAUCGGGAUUUAAUCUUGAACUUGAAAGUGCCGAAGAUUUUAGUGAGACUACAGACAUAGAUAGUUGGAUGAAUGACAAUGUAAGAAUAUCAAAAUUUAUUGGAAAUAGACUUUACGAAGAAAAUAUUUCAGGUUUCCGUCCUACGUUGGCAGGUACGGGAAAUCGAGCAAUGAUAAAUAUGUCUUUAACACCGGAAUAUAUGUUGGAAUUAUAUGAUAAAUUAUCCAAAGGAUCACCGGCCGCACAUUCGUCCAACAUUGUACGAAGCUUUAAAAACAUACCUCAACAUGAACAAAAAUCUUCGGGAACUCCAGUGAAUUUCCGUAACUAUAGAGUACAUUCCCUGGUGUUUGAUAUAUCGGCACUUGACCGCUCAGAAAGUAUCAACUCAGCUGAAUUAAGACUGUAUACUUUGAUAACACGUGACCAACAAUCUUAUAUGGGGGUCAAUAGAGUCGUUUCAAUUUAUGAAAUCGUAGAUAUAGGACAACCGGUUGACGCUGACCAAAUAAAAUACAGAUUCAUUACCUCAAAAUAUAUUUAUGGUGUUGAAAAUUCAUGGGAAAGUUUCGAUGUAACAGAAGUUUUGAAAAGUUCUUUGCAGCUGGGACUUAAAAUAGAACGUUUAGAAGUACGUAUUCAAACAGUGUUUAUGGAUUCAGGAAGAGACAAUAUGGAUAUCAAUGCGAAUCCUAAUGACAUAAAACAACCUCUUCUUGUUGUUUAUUCAAACGAUAAGUCCAUUGAACAUGAACAUGACGUUGAAACACACGAACUUCUCUUGCAUGGCCUUGACUCAAAUGUUAACAAUAAAGGCACAACUCAUGCUGGGAGAGAAAUUGAAAGUAGGUACGUUUACAAUGGACAACAAGUCUCACACUCAAGAUCAAAGAGAAGCAGAGGUUCAAAAUCGUCUUUUUGCAAACGACGUCCACUGUUUGUUAAUUUUGAGGACAUAGGGUGGCACACUUGGAUAAUCGCACCAAGAGGUUUUCAAGCAUACCAAUGCGCGGGAAAAUGUACAUUUCCACUCAGUGAACACUGGUCGCCUUCCAAACACGCAGUAAUACAAACACUUAUGCACAGCUACCAUCCAAAACGUGCGGCAAGAUCGUGUUGUGUCCCGACCAAACUUGACCCAAUUUCAAUCCUCUACAUCGAUGAACAAGGUGUUGUUACCUAUAAAUAUAGGUAUGAUGGUAUGGUCGUUGCCUCGUGUGGAUGUCAGUGAUACGACUUCGGGACUAUUUAUUCGAGCGGAUUUGUGCAAUAGAUUUUUUCUUUAUUUUCUCCAUUUCUUGACAAAAUUCAGAUGCAGCUGUUAUAAAUAAAACAAAUAUAUAAGAGAAGGGGUGUAUUUUACCGUAUCACAGUGUUUGUGUGUAAUUUUACACAUUUACGAUACAAAUGUUUAUAAAUAUCAAAAACUGUUUGUUCUAUAACUAUAACUUGCAUUAUUGUUUGUAAUUACAUCACGAUCUUCGGAUUAGACAGAACUCUAAAUGAUUAAAUGCAAUUUGCAUUUUGUUCAGUUAAGAGUAUACUGUAAAUUAUAUAAUGUUUUCAAAGAAAAUAAAGAUUUCAAGUUUUGUAAAAAUAGUUAUCCUGAAAAAAAGGGUUCAAAACACACCAUCAAGAGAGAAUUUUAAAUACAAUGUUCCAAGAAUGAAUAAGUAUUUAACGUUGAUCUUUUACAUUUCUAAUAUUCAUUUUGCCUGUCAGAGUUCAUACCUGAGUGCACGCAGUGCCGAAUAAUAGCCAGACAUUACCAAGUCUCAUUGUUUUAUAAUACGAAGUUAUUUAUAACGAUUUAUAAAAACGAAAAUUACAUUUCAUUCAAAUUUUUGCGUAUACACUGAACAAUAAGAUUACAUUUUGUCAAAUUGGCUAACAUAAGGGAUAUACAUAUGUACGUGUUUCUCUAGAUAAAACUCAAUUUAAAGCUCUUAGCCAUUAAAACACCGUAAUCAGCUCCAACUGUUCCACUGAAGUCCAAAAUCCUAAGGCCAUUACACUUGAAAACUUUACAAAGAUAAACUGUGGCACUGAAAAAGGACUAUUUUUUUUUUGUUUAACGGACUAUAAUGUAUUGCAUUGAUUGAGUUAUUAUUUAAUACUGUUUCUUUUCUAAAAAAUUAAUUACAUGUUUUGAUACAAGAUGAAAGAUUGCUUUUAUCUUAAAAGUAGAAUGUACAUAAACGAGAGUUAUUUGAAAUAUUUGUCAACAGCUCUUCCUUGAUAUUACCACCUUUAACACGGUAAGCUUAUGUAAAUUAAUUUUAAUGGUUCUAUUUUAGCCUCAUCAAUAUUUUUAUUUAUAAUAAUCUAUUUUAAAUAACAAAUUUACUUUGUCUAAACCAUUGGCAAAAGCCAAAAUUUCACGCACUGAAUAAACAUUAUAAUUAUAUGUGUUGCCUUUGUUGAUGUUUGAUAUACUCGUUUGCUAUUUAAAAGUAAAGUAGUUCUUAAGAUAUGUUUGAUAUCCUCAGUUCUUGUUUAAAACAACUGUGUAUAAUUACUCAUUGAAAAUGAAAAAAGUUUAGUCUGUGAUUAUGACAUUUUAAGUGCAAAGUGCAUGUUUAUAAAAUUAACGUCAAUCAGAGUCAACAGGAUUGUAUUUUUUGUCGGCUAAUGUUUAAGAUGUUUUUAGCUUUUUCGUAAUACAGUUGGUUAUUUCAUGGUUUAUUUAUAAAUGUUGAAAGCGAAUUAUGUUGUCGUAUAAAAUAUCAUUAUAAACAGGCCACAAAACGUUUGAAGAAAUAGAUAAAACUUGUUAAACCUCCAACGAUUAUCGUGCAUGAUAUAUAUCACGUACCUCAAAAUAGAAAUGACUUCUAGUACAUACGAAGCCAAUGGAACAAUGAUUUAUUAUUUUAUGAAAAUCCAUCUCAUCAACAAAACGAGUAAAUCUAAUGUUUAAUACAUAUGUCAUGAUUGAAUUGUUAUUUAAUAACAUUAAAAUUUAAUUUCUUUGAUAUUCAUCACAUGUGGCUCUAGAGAAAAAAUAUUUAAAAAAAACCCAAACAUUAUCCUUACUUUUUCAAAUCAGACGUUGCUUAAAUCAUAGCAAUAAAUGUUCCAAAAGAUGUAAAUACUAAACAGUUUUGUACUUUUUAGUGAAUAGAAGAAAUAAAUGGUAACACGAUCUCUAU